AUGAGAACGGAACAAAAGAGAAAAGAAAGUUCAUUUUCUGACAAUAGGAUUGCUGUCAUUAUGUCGACUGUUCUUGUUCUGUUUUGGAUGUUAAACGUGAAUUACCUUGGAAUAAAAGUAAAAAAGAGUAGAAGUCUGGAUGAUGUUAUUAUAUACGGUGUGUCCAAGGUCCCUAGUAAGAAGCAUGUAUCCAAUUAUGCCAAGGUGGGUACGCUAAGAAAAUGCGAACAGAUCUAUGAAAACAUUUUACUAUUACUGCUUUUGAACAGAUGGCAGGAAAAGAAUCCCCGAAAGGCAAGGUAA